CGUCCGUCAUCCAAUCAGAGAACAGCGUGCAGGGUCACACGACUCUCCGUUGAGCGCCUUCAUUCUGCUGUGAGGGACGUAACCGCGCGUCCUGCGGGAGAAGCUUGUAAACUGACGCGCCGCGCGGUGAAGCGUCGUGUUUUCUCCUGGUCCAGCGGCGCACAGACGCGACGCUCCGCUGCUCGGGCCCCGCAGAAGAGAUCCAGCAUGCCGGUUCGCACCGCCUGCCGCCCGGGCCCGUCUGCGGCCUGCUCAGCCUCGGCCUCGCUUAUUCCGCCCCCGCCGAUCAACACGCGCCAGCCCGGCGUCAGCACCUCCCUGCUCUACAGUGGCUCCCGGUUCCGGGGACACCAGAAGAGCAAAGGGAACUCCUACGAUGUAGAGGUGGUUCUGCAGCACGUGACCAUGGAGGACUCAUACCUGUGCGGAUACCUGAAGAUCAAAGGCCUGACGGAGGAAUAUCCCACUCUUACUACAUUUUUCGCUGGGGAGAUCAUUAGCAAAAAACGGCCAUUUUUAACCAGGAAAUGGGACGCAGACGAGGAUGUGGACAGAAAACACUGGGGGAAGUUUCAGGCCUUUUAUCAGUAUGCAAAGAGCUUUAAUUCAGAUGAUUUCGACUAUGAGGAACUUAAGAAUAGUGAUUAUGUCUUCAUGCGGUGGAAGGAGCAGUUUCUAGUUCCCGAUCACACGAUUAAAGACAUCAGCGGUGCUUCCUUCGCUGGCUUCUACUACAUCUGUUUCCAGAAGUCUACAGCCACCAUAGAGGGAUAUUACUACCACAGGAGCUCAGAAUGGUAUCAGUCCUUAAACCUGACGCACGUCCCAGAACACAGUGUGCCUAUAUACGAGUUUCGGUGACGCUGAAGAACCGGCGGGAGAAUCUCCAGCGGACACAGAAGAGUGUGUGAAGAUUGUGCUGUUCUCUAUCCUCACACACACACUCACUCUCACUGACACACACACACACACACACACAUGCACAUACACACAGGCGUGCGCUGGUCCAGAUUGAGGCGUUCAGAGACUCACCGCAGUGUUUUUGCGCUCCUGCUUCUCCCUCUUGUUUUUAACUCCUCUGUCCUCCGGCCGGUUUUAUCCUUCAGCUUUGGGGAUUAAAGAAACACAAUUAAUAAUU